AUGCGUUUCUCAGCCCUCGCCCUCUUUGCUUCAGCAGCCAGCGCUGUUUCUGUCUCUUACGACACUGGCUACGAUGACUCCUCGCGCUCGCUCACCGUCGUCAGCUGCUCAGACGGCACCAACGGCCUGAUCACGCGCUACGGAUGGCAGACGCAAGGCAGCGUGUCCAAGUUCCCGUACAUUGGCGGUGCAGAUGCGAUUGCCGGUUGGAACUCGGCAAACUGCGGCACCUGCUGGCAACUUACAUACAACGGUCGCAGCAUCAACGUGCUGGCUAUUGACCACGCCGGUAGUGGCUUCAACAUUGCCCAGGCAGCUAUGAACGAUUUGACCAAUGGCCAGGCGGCCAGCUUGGGCCGUAUCGAUGCGACUGCCACGCAGGUAGCUGUCAGCAACUGCGGACUGUAA